CCCUGCUGCUGCCCCAUCCCUGGACUUGGUUGCCUUGCUGGACCUGCCGCUGUUGUCUGGGACUGCUGACCACGCCCCCGCUCGGCCCCGGGCCGGGCGUCCUCAACCUUGGAUCCCUAGAUGUGCUGGGAAGAAGUGAAUUUGUACCCUUUGAAGCUCUAUGAGUGACCACGCACCAGCCUUCCUCACAGUGCUGCUGUGCUUCUACGUGACAAAAUGCCGAAAAGAAAAUGUAGGUUUUCUGUCGAGCUACAGAGGAAGUAUACCUGUUUCAGAAGAGGUAGAGAUGAUUUCGAAGGCGAAUGCCUGGUAUGUAGGCCGGGUACGUUUGUCUCUGUGGCACAUAAAGGAGGACGCGACCUGCAGUCGCACAUGGACUCCGAGAAACACAAAACAGCAAUUCGAGGACAGGCUUCUUCAGCAAAAUUGGCAAACGUUUCCGUAAAACCCUGUAGCGAAUGGGAAGAUGAAGUGACCGCAGCGGAAGGAACUUUCGCUUUUCACACCGUCAAACACCACCACAGUUACAACGUGAUGACGUGCACAUCAGGUCUCCUGAAGACGAUGUUCCCAGAUUCCGAUAUCGCAAGGAAGUUUUCAAGUGCAAAAACCAAGACAGAGGCAAUUGUAAAUUCUGUAUUGGCUCCCGAUUGUUUGGAAAAUGUUCUGAAAAGCAUUGAGGAAAAUGAAAUAGGUUAUUGUGGCGUUUCUACUGACGUGAGUAACCAUGGCCCGGUCAAGGUGGUUGCAGUAGUUAUUCAGUAUUUCGACUGGAAAAGUGGUGGUUUGCAGUCCAAAAUAAUUGAAAUGCAGAGCCAACCCAAUGAGACCGCAGAUGCAAUCUUUUCGUACGUGAAGGAAACGCUUGAGAGUAAAGGACUGCUAAAGAAAUGCAUAGCGUUCACAGGUGACAACUGCAACACAAUGUUCGGAGGGAUGCAACAGGAUUCAGAAGGAAGAAGUGUGUUUGCAAAGUUGAAGAGUGAGCUAGAUAACAAAACUUCAAUUGGUGUGGGGUGUCCAGCGCACAUUUUGAAUAACUGUGUCCAUCAGGCAGCAGACGCGUUGGACGUCGAUGUUGAGAGCAUCAUUUUCAAGAUAUACCAGUACUUCCAUAUCUAUAGAGUCCAAACGGAGCAGCUAAAGGAGUACUGUGAAUUCGUGGACACUGAAUACAAAAAGCUGCUGUCUCACAGCAAGACACGGUGGUUGUCGUCCUUUCCAGGUAUCACUCGACUCCUUCACGUGUUUCCCGCCGUCAGAGCAUUUUUCCUCUCGCAGAAUAAACCGCCAACGGUGUUGCAAGAGUUUUUUGAGCACGAGCUUAGCGAGGCUUAUUUGUUGCACUUGCAGUCUCUCAUGAGUAUGUUUCACUCGUACGUUUUAGAACUCGAAAGGGAAAACAAUUCGGUUGUGGAGGUUCUGCAAGUCCUGCUCUGUGUCCAGAACAUGCUCGCUGAACGCAGGAGCAACAGCUUCCUGUCGCUCAAGGUCAAGAGCCUCCUGAAAGAAAAGCGUAAGGAGGGUCUGGGCGCGGAGUGUGACAAAUUCUGCGCAGAGGUCAAUAGCUUCUAUGACAGCUGCAUAGAGUAUCUGGAGAAAUGGAUGGAGCCCAUGAAGGAGUUUUCAUGCUUCAUGUGGAUGUCUCUUAGCGAGUCACUAGAGUGGGACAAGGUGCGGCCUUCCAUAAAAUUUCUCCUGGACAGGGAUGUGCCUAUAGAUGAGGGGAGGUGCUUCGAUCAAUUCUGCAACCUCGAGAAGUUUGUGGAUCAGUUUAAGGGAGACGACGAGUUCAUUAAGCUUCAGGCGCAUCAGAAGUGGACCAAGUACUUUGAGGCUUCCAAAAACAUGAUGUGCCACUCGGAACUUUUGAAGAUGGCACAGGGGUUCUUUGCCCUCGCGUCACAUUACGCAAACGCCGGGCGCAUUUUCUCCCUGAGCAAAGAGAGGGGCAACUUAUCCUUGGACUCGCUGCGAAGCAUGGUGCUACUGCAAUAUAAUUACAAGCACUUUACUUGCAAGGAGUUCCAUGCCUAUCUCUUAAGCAACAAGCAGCUGUUGAACAAGAUCAGAUCCACAGAGAAAUAUGCUUGGGCCAGGCAGCGUCGGACAGAAGAACAAAGUGCCUCUGAAAGAGUUUCUUUUUGUAACACUACAGGAGCUUCGUACAGGGUGCCGAUGUACUGAAACGCAUGUUCUAUUUUUAUUUUAUUUUAUUGUUAUUUGAUCACAUUUACUUUUACAGUUGGUUACGUAUUCAAUUACAACCAGUUAAAUUGUUUGUUACAAUUUAUAACCAGUUACGAUUACAACCAGUUAAAUUGUUGCUAUUAUUUUAAAAUGAGAAUCGUCAUAGCGAUCCGUAGUUAAAAAUAGAAGUCGGGAAAUGUGUAUUCUUUUUCGCUCUUCAAAAUAUGGCAUCCCUCUGUA